AUGAAUCUUUUUUCACGUGCAUUAUCUAAUCAUCUACAAAGAUGUCAGAGAUUUGCAUCAAAAAAUAUUGUGAAAAUGCCAAAGUUUAGUGAAUCUAAAGCUUACUAUGGGUAUAAUAAAUUUGGAGCACAAAACAGGUAUAUAAAUGAAAAGUAUAAGCCAUCAUACUACGAUACAACAAGUUUCGGAUCAGUUAUUACAUACUUUGUAUAUUUACGUGAAGAAAAUGAUUUGAACAUUAUAUUUAAUACACCAGGACACAUUUUGUCAGCAAGUAUUGAAAAGAAACUUAUUUUAGCUAAAAUUGAAAAAGCACGUGCUAAUGGAGAGGAUACGAAAUUGUUGGAAGAAGAGUUGGCAUACGUUGAUAUCAAAAAAGCGGCUUUAAAGGCACAAUUAGGGGAAUAA